GGCCUGGCGCCACCUGGAAUGGUGGCGAGCCUCUGCGCGGCCGUGUCGGCGGCGGCUCCCGGCGUGCUGCGGGAGCUGGCGCGCGGGGCGGUGGCCGAGGCGGCGCGGGUGGCGUUCGCGGGGCCGCAGGCGUGUCCGCCGUGCCCCGACUGCCACCCGGCGCCCUGCCCGGCCUGCCCGAGCUGCUCGCCGGCCCCACCUUGCCCGGCGUGCGUGUGCGCCGAGCCCGCGCCGCCCCCAGUGUUGGCGGCGGCCGCGUGCGAGGCGGAGGAGCGCCCCGAGUGGUGGCUGCUCUGGCUGGUGGCGCUGGUGGUGGCGUUUUUCGUCGGCCGCUGGCAUGAGUGUUGGGUCAUCGAGAGCGCGGACGGCGACCGCUACGUGGAGCGUCGGGCCGACUGGGUUUGGCACGUGUCGUUGCUCCACGGCUGGCCCAAGAAUGUCAGGGGCAACGUGGUGAGGUUCCGCGACGAGAUCGACCGCGAGACGCUGCGGAAGAUGGUGCUGGAGGGCCGCGAACUGGCGCGCGAGGAGCGGCGCCGACGUCGCCUCCCGUCCGCGCUGGGGGCCCACUUGGGCGAGGAGCCGACGAGCAUGGUGGACUGGCACGGCGACGAGUGCGGCCUGGACAUCGGCGUGCUGGAGGCCGCGCGGCGGCGCCUGCGGGGCAAGCAGCCUUUGGCCACGGGCGCCCGGGUCCCCGAGUCACCCGGGGACGAGGCUGCUAGCCGGCCCGUCCUAGCGCCCCCGCCGCUGGAAGGUGAGGAGUCGGUGCUGCUGGUGGCGGAGGUGCAGGCAGGCGGCGGCUUCCAGCUGGGCGACGAGGUGGCGCCGGGCCCCGACGACGUCCAGGCGAGGCCGAAGGUGAUCGCGCGGCGGCCCGACGGCCGGCCGGUGCUUUGCGAGCGGGUGCCAGUCUCCGAGGUCGAGAGGUGGCGGGCCCAGGCAUUUGACAACGCCGGGCGGAUGGCCGCUCCCUUGCCGGCCCCGUUGGCCCCGCCGCCAGCCGAGGAGGCCGGACGGCCCAGCCCCUUUGACCUCCGCGAGGCGCUGGCCGACCGGCCGCGCGAGGAGGUGGGUGGCACCCCCACGCCGCGCGAGGAGACAGCGGGGCCCGCAGCCGACGAUGUGCGGACGACCGCGGUGGAGUGGAACGAACAGGGAGUCCGCUUCAAGGAAUGGCGCCGAGCGGUGGGGGAGAGCAGUUCGGAGGCCCUGGACGGGUGCGAGCUGCGCGGGGCCGGCACGGCCCUCCACCUCUGCCAUCGGUUCACGCAGCACGGCGGCGACCCCAAGACGUGGAUGAGCAACUUCUGCCGCGAGUACGGCGUGAGUCAGCGUGACCGGACAUGGCACGAGUUGAACUGUCUGGUCACGAUCUUCUGGCUGGCCGCGACGUUCGACGCGCUGAACCUAGGCGGGCUGGCGUGUCUGGAGGUGGCGGCCCGCCGAGUGGCCCAGAUCAGCGAGGCCUAUCGCGUGGUUCCUGGUCAGCCGGCCACGUGGGAGGCAGGCAGGUUCCUGACGGGGACGAGUGGCCCCUUCGACGUGGUGUCGCCCGAGCUCCGCAACUUCGCGAAUCGGGCGGCUCGCGACGAGUCCGAGCGGCUCGCUGCCCUGGGACGCAGUCGAGCGUUGGGGCCUGGCGGCCGCGGAGCUGGCGGCGCCGACGAGGUGACGGGCGCGCUGGAGACAGGCGGCCUGCCCCGCGCUGGGGCAGAUGACGGCGGCAAGGGCGGUGGCGGUCGCGGUCGUGGGCGGAAGACCAAGCCCGGCGAGUCGACAGCCGCCGCCCAGCCACGCGCGGCGGCCAGGUUUACCCUGUCCCAGGGCUGCGCGAGCUGGACGCCGACGUCGCUUCCCGCCUUGGACGUCGCGAUCGGCCACGAGUUCGGCGGCUGGCGAACGAGGGCUUUGUCCAGCCUAAAUUGGAUGCAUGGCGCUGAUCGGCGGCCGCCCCCGGCGGCGCCCAGCUGGGCCACGCGCUGCCGCGUGGCGGAGCUGCAGCAUGCGACGCAGCGACGGGCCCAACCCCUGGCGGCGAGCUGGGGCGGCCCGGACAGCGCGGAGGAUUCGCAGCAGUGCUUGGCGCGCCUGCUGCGGGGCCGAGGCGGCUACGCCCAGCUGGCCCACGCGACGCUGACCCCCUUCUCCCACGCCCGGCUGUCGAUCCCGGACGACCUUGCUGGGUCGCCGAAAGAAGGGCGACCGUCAACGAUUGAUCUUGGACUGUCGUCCAAGAGCCCGCCGGGCGUGGACCUCGUCAGCGGGGGCGGCCUCAGCCGCAUCGAGCGGGAGUGGCCGCCGGGCGACGGCGAGUCGGGGGAGGCCAACGCGGCGCUGGCGGGCCUCGACACCUGGCUCGGAGUCAGCGACGUGAAGGACUGCUUCCACCGGCUGCUGCUGGAGGACGGCCUGGGCCUGCAGGAGCACUUCGGGCACCCUCCCUUGCGGGCCGCCGACCUGCGGCUGACGGAGCUGGACGGCGCGCGGCUGGCGCCGAGCACGCUGGUCUACCCGCUUGCGCGGGCGCUGCCGAUGGGCUGGGCCUGGUCGCUGUUCUUCGCGCAGUCGGCCAUCUCGUACCGCAUGCUGAAGGUGCCCUCCUUGCAGGGCGCGCUCGUCAUGACUGACCGCGGGCCUCCCCUCAUCCUGGAUCGCCCGAGCUCCAUGGGCCACUACACCUACGUGGACAACAUGGGGGUGCUGGGCACGACCGAGGGCGCGGUCCGCCGGGGCCUCGAGGGGGCCAUCUCGUCCUUCGGUGGGGUCGGCCUCGAGGUCCAUGAGACCGCCGUGACGAAUGAGGGUGGCGCGGCCUUGGGCGUGCAGCUCGAUGGCCGCGCUGGGUGCACCCGCCCUACGCCGGCUCGGUUCUGGCGGAUCCGCGGGGCGGUGCAGGCCCUGCUGCGCCGCCGGGCGGUCAGCGGGCUCGAGCUGGAGAUCGUGGUGGGCCACCUCACCUUCGUGGUCCUGGUGCGGCGCGAGAGCCUCAGCUGUUUCCAUUGCAUCUACCGCUUCAUCCAGCGGCACUACUUCGAGCGUGUUGGGCUGUGGCCCAGUGUGGCUGAGGAGCUGCGCGCCUUCCUUGGUCUGAUGAUCUUUUUGCAAGCUGACUGGGACGCCCGGUGGCUGCCGGGCGUCUACCAGUCGGACGUCUCCCUCGAUGGCUUCGGGCUUGCCUACUCGGUGUGGGACCCUCGCCUUUUCGCGCUCGCGGGCCCGUGGAUUCGGCCGCCGAGCCGGGCGGCGCGGGCGAGGGUGCUGACGCGGGGUCUGCUUUCACAGGGCCCCGCGCCGAGCCAGCCAGCGGCGCAGGGGGCGCAGACGGGGCCGCCGGGGCUGCCGCCGGGCUGCGCGAGGGGCCGCCGGGCGGCCUCGCGGAGCCGCAGCCCGCGCCGAGCGCGGAGGCUGAGCCGAGAGGCCUACAGUGGAUUGGCGAAGCGCGCGAGCGCGGGGCCGGUGCCCCGGCCGUCCGGCCUGGAGCAGGCGCCCCAGACAGAGUGGGGCCGCGCGGCGGCCAACCUCUUCCGCGACGCCAAGGCCGCGGCCGCGACCGCCGCUGCCGCCGAGGGCGACAGCGAGAGCAGCUGCGAGGAGGAGCUGCCAAGCCGGGGGUCGGCGCAGGCCGAUGCCCGCCGCGCCGCGGCGCGGGUGCGGCGCAUGGCCUUCGAGGAGCUGCCGCCGGGCCAGACUUACUUGGAGGCCCACAGCGCGAAGGCGGCCACGCGGGCUCGAUACCAGACGCACGUCGGCGAGCUGGUGGCCUACGCGGACAAGAUCUCGGCCCCCCCCGGCGCGGAUGCCGAGGUCGACGAUUGCAUCGCGCGCUGGAUGAACGACGAGUUCCGCGCGGGCCGCCGGGCCUGGCGCGGCGAGAGCAUGCUGGCGUCGGCGAUGUUCGUGUUCCCGGCCUUCAGCCGCAACGGAUGGCGGAAGCUCCCCCGGGCUUUCCGCUGCCUGAAAGGCUGGCGGACCUUCAGCCCGCCCAUGAGCCGGCGGCCGCUGCCGUGGCCCAUGUGGGCCGCCCUGGCGCUGCAGCUGAUGCGCAUGGGGUUCGGGCUCGCCGCGGUCGCGGUCCUCGUGAUGGUGGAGGCCUACCUGCGGCCGUCGGAGCUCCUGUCGCUCCAGCGCCGGUCGCUCCUGCCUCCGGCCCGCGGCGGGCUGGCCAGGUGGAGCCUUCUCCUUUUCCCCAGCCGCACGGGCGUGGCGAGGAGCAAGACAGGGGAGGCGGACGACACGGUGGUGAUGGGCUCGACUCGGACGCCCUGGCUGGACCACGUGUUCGAGCAUCUCAGCCAGGGGCCGGGCGAAGAGCGGAUCUUUCCUUGGGACUACAGCCAGUUCUACCAGAUGUUCGUGCAGGCUGCCUCGGCCCUCGGCUACAAGAUGGCGCCGUGCCAGGGCCGCCACAGCGGGAUCUCGAUCGAUCGAGCUCACCGCGAGCGCAGCCAAGACGAGUGCAUGAAGAGAGGCCGAUGGCGAGCGGCCAAGAGCGUGGCCCGCUACGAGAAGGCAGGCAGGGUCAACGACGCCCGGCGGGAGCUCAGCGCGGAGCAGCAGGCCCACGCCCUCGACUGCGAGCGCCUGCUCGAGGCCUUGACGCCUUUCUUCGCCGAGCUGUUCAGCGGCGCUGGCCGAGCGGCCGCGGCGGCGCGGCGCGUCGGGCACUGCUCGCGGGAGUGGGACAUCAAGGCCGGCCCCGCGGACAACGUGCUGCGCCAGUGCGUGGAGGCCGGGCUACGCGCGAGCAUCCUCGCCGGCCUGGUGCUGGCAGUGAUGCUGGCCCCGCCCUGCACCUCUUUCUCCGUGGUGCAGAAUGUCAACGUGCCGCUGCGCAGUAGAGAGUUUCCCCGGGGCUUGCCGGGUCUUCCUGAGGCGCAGCGAGAGAAAGUGAAUUUGGGCAAU